AUGACGGGAGCCUUCAUGGACUCCUCGCCCAAUGAUGACUAUAGUGGCGAGCACUCACUCUUCAACUCCUCAGCCAGUGUCAACGCGGCUGCCUCAGCAGCAUCCAUACACGGUCCACAGGAAGAGCCACAGUCUGUGUCAAGUGACGCCAUCUGGCUCUGGAUUGCCAUCAUUGCCACUAUUGGAAACAUUGUGGUGGUGGGCGUUGUGUAUGCCUGCACUUUCUGA